CGAUGCUUCCUCAAGGCCAACCAGCCGGGUCGAUAAUUCUGUCCGGCGUGUUAUGAUCCAGACUCCAAAGCAGUCACCUGUGUACUGUCCUGGGCAUACACGUCCGGUCGUUGAUAUCUGUUAUAGUGGAGAGACAGAUUGCGGACACCUUUUCAUCACUGCUUCAAAAGAUGGUAAAGCAAUUCUACGCCAAGGUGAUACUGGAGAUUGGAUUGGAACAUUUUUAGGUCAUAAAGGAGCUGUCUGGUCAUGUGUCUUAGAUAAACAUGCUACUAAGGCUGCUACAGGGGCAGCGGAUUUCACUGCCAAAGUAUGGGAUGCAAACUCCGGUUCGGAGCUCCUUUCAAUCACUCAAGAUCAUAUUGUUCGGUGCGUUGACUUGAGCAAAACUGACUCAGGCGCAAAAUUGCUCACUGCUAAUAACUGGAAAAAGAUUUCUGUCUAUGAUCUAAGCUCUCCUAAAUCACCCAUAUCUGUAUUCGAGGGACAUGAACAAAUAAUUCGUCGACUGCUAUGGUGUGGUGAAGAUAAACUUGCUCUAUCCAUAUCGGAGGAUAAAACUAUUCGUUUGUGGGAUCUCCGAGAUAUUCUGAAGCCAGCUGCAGUUCAUCAGAUAUGGUCCAAGGAAUUAUCAGACCCAGUCAACGAUAUUCAAUUCCAUAUCCCUUAUAAUGAAGAUCAGGUGAAAGCUGUGGUAGCAUGUGGAAACUCAAUCCAGACUUAUACGUUUGACUGGCGUUAUAGCAACUUGGUAGAAGCACCUGAAGCUUUCCCAAAAUUCAGUCUAUCGUGUCCAGUAAAUUCUGUCAGCUUGCAUCCCACUGAAAAAUUACUUGUAUGUGGUGGAGAUGAUCAUAUAAUAUAUCGAUUAAAUUCGGAAACUGGUGAAAUAUUAGGUAAUAUUCUGGGAUGCUUUACUAUAUUAAAUUAUUUCUGGGUAUUUUAUGGUACAGCGUUGUGGUCUGAUGAAUUAAGUGAGUAUUUAUAACUUUAACUACCAUAAACGAUUAACAAAUCUAGCUAAAAAAUUUGUUUGAUCCGUCUAUGGCAGACAAGCGUAUAAGUAUAUUUUCGAUGUUUAUCAAAACAGAAUAAUUAAUUAGCGUAUUAAAACGUUGACAACAUAAUAAGUAUUGAGCAUUUUAAUAAGCCUAUAAAAUAUAACUGUUACAUUCAAAAUAAUAGGUUUCGCAAACUAUUCGGGAUUAUGUGACCAUCCAUAUCAGUCUGAAGUAAAAUUUGGUUCGCUUGAAAAAUUUCCAACUAAACGUAAGAAAUACUUUUACAUGAACUAUUAAAACGCUUAAUAAGCAUAGGGCUUACAUUAAAAGCCAAUGCCGACUAAUGUUGGGGAUGGUUGGAAGAAAGUUAGGGACAGCCAAACCAAAACGUGGCAUCAGUGCUUAAAGUCACUAACUUCUAGUCUUAACCAUGUUGGAAGAUCACUUGGUUGGGGUCCACAUGACUAUCGUAACAUUGGAAACUGUGGGUGACGUGGUUUAGAAUCGAUCACAAUGGUGUAGGUGUAUACACUAUUUGUUUUCCCUUAAACCGCGAGUUUGGAAAACAAUCAACUCAAAGUGACUAUAGAAAAACUUCACCUGUAUAAAAGAUACGUAGAUAAUAUCUUUAUCGUUUGUGACAACAAAUAUGACUUGAGCCAUCUUCUGAAGACAUUUAAUAAUUGCCACCCAACAAUAAAAUUCACAUCAGAAGUUGAAAACAAACAAAAUAUUCACUUUCUUGACGUGGAAAUGACAAGAAUGGAAGAUGGUACUCUAAAAAGAUCUAUCUACAGGGAACCCAUGUGAAAUGGCCAACUAUCAAGUUUCCACAACUGGGUCCCCAUUAGUCGAAAAAGGAACUUAAUAACAACACUCGCAACAAAAAUACGACGAAUCUGUAGUCACGAAGUCAUAGAUAAAAAAUCGGGUCACUUAAAGGAGAUACUUAUUAAAAAUGGAUAUCCUUCGAUAUUCAUUGAUAAGAACAUAAAGCCGAAAACACAUAACUACAGUAGAAAAGAAAACUUUAUACAUGAACAUCGAAUUCAAGGGUGACAGAGCCACACACACCCUAAAGAGAAGAACUUCCGAUUCUUUAAAAAGAACAUUCCCCGCAGCAACAUUGCGAAUAGUAUUCUCCAGCCGAUCAUUGUUCACCAAUACUAAAUUAUCGCAUCUGACCAACUCAAUGUGCAUUUGUCAAUUUACCUGCUCAUGUGAAACUAGGUAUAUAGGUCGUUCGAUGCGUACUUUAUCCAAAAGAAUUUAAGGACAUUAUCCGGCAUGUCUAAAAAGAGGAGGAAGCGGCACAAUAAGAAGCUCAGUAAUCAAACACCUUGUGAACACAGGUCACUCAAUCAAGAUAGACUGCGUUCAAAGUCAUCUACAAGGUAAGUAGAAGUCUCCCAAAAAAAUAUCGUUACCUCUUAAGUAAAGGUGCCAUGAAAUAGAGACUUGUUGAUUAAUUAGAUUUGAUUCUGUAUCCAAAUGAGUCAAAUUUUUGAGUUGUUGAUUAAUGACCUAGAUGCAAAUGAUAUCCAUGUUUUACAUUGAUUACUAGACAAAAAAUAGUUUUCAAGGUGUAGUAUACAUGGCUGUUAUUUUUCCUUUAAAAUUCAGAGUCAUUUUCCAAGAAAUAUGGUGACAUUAUAUAACAGUUUUGUGGUAAAAUGAUUUUUCAUAUCGUAUCAUAAGAAAAAGCAUUUUAUGGUUUGUGCAACUUUCUUCCUGUCAGUAUAUAUUCGAGUGAAAUAAAUCUAAGUCAUUCAGUGUUCUAAAUCGUCUACUUUACAAUCCAGCUUUGACGUUUAUCUAGUAUAUCUUUUAUUUCUUUAUCCUAGAAACCUGCAAGGGACAUUUUGGCCCUCUACAUUGUGUUAGAUUUUCUCCAGAUGGACACGUUUUUGCAAGCGGUAGUGAAGAUGGCACUGUUCGUUUGUGGCAAACUGUUGUUGGAAGUGACUUUGGAUUAUGGAGAUUGACUGUACCGAAUGAAGUUUCUGUUGUUAAUUGCUCAAAUUUAUCUGUAUCUGCAAAAGAUCACUGUAGCGCGAAUUUAGCCGAAGUACCGGCUACUGGUGAUACUAUUAAUAGUUGAUCCUUAUACAUAUAUUUCCAUUAUGAAUCUCAUCGGAAAUAUUAUUGUGGUUUCUAUAUUUCAUACCAUUGUGUUAAUGUUAUGGAAAAUUUCAACCAUAAACUACUUCUGCUGAGAAAUAAUUAAGAGGACUUUGUACAGUACUGACUUCAGUCAAUAACCUUGUCAACAGUUUAUGAAUAGACUAUUUUUGAUAAGUUAUAAAAUUUAUUUACUCGU